AUGGAACAAAACUUUGACAGUCUUUCCAGACCAGCAGCACCAACUUGUGCUCGAUGCCAUGAUCAACUAGGAAGUCAACUUGUAAAAGCUCUUGAUGAAGACUUUCAUCCCGAAUGCUUUACUUGCCUGGAUUGUAAUGCACCCGUAGCAUCCAAAUUCUUUCCUUUUACAGCAGAAAAUGGCCAAACUCUACCCCUGUGCGAACGCGAUUACUUUGGAAGACUCGGACUUGUCUGCGACAAAUGCCACGAACCUCUGAGAGCCGCUUACACAAUCGCAAUGGAUAAAAAAUACCACACCGACCAUUUCACAUGCAGUGCAUGUGAGGUUGCUUUUGGUCCUGAGGAUUCAUAUUAUGAGCACAAUGGUCAAGUAUUUUGCCACUUUCACUAUUCAAUCCAAUUCGCAGUCAUGUGCGCUGGUUGCGAGAUGGCAAUCUUGAAACAAUAUGUAGAGAUUGACCGAAAAGAUGAUGUCGAACACUGGCAUCCCGAAUGCUACAUGAUUCACAAGUACUGGAACGUCCGCAUCGCACAACCAUCGAUUGAAGAUGAUCGUCCUCCACAAAAUCCAGGACAAUUACUUGAAAGACAACACGACACAGAAGAAAAGGUGUUUCGGAUAUGGCAAGUUUUGUCAGCAUUUGAAGAAUCUUCGGCUGUUUGUAUCUCGGAAAUGUUAUUACAUGUAUCAAAUGGAAGUUACAUCAAAGGCAUAUGUAUAUCCGAAAGAUUCCUAGUCCAUGUAGAAGCUUUGUUUGCUGGUAUUGACGAACUCUGCAAGAUUUACACUGAUUACAACCAACCCGAAUUCAAAUAUACUCGGGAAGCCAAGAUGCUCUGUAAAAAGAUUAUCAAUUUCUUUUCAUUAAUGUGGAAAACCCAAGAAGCCGAGAUGAGAAAAUUAGGAAUCUCUCAGGAACUACUCUCUCUUAUCACCGGUCUGGCACACUACCUCAAGAUCCUCAUCCGCGUGGCACUAACGGCUGCCCUGAGACUGGACAUAACUAUCGGAAAACCUGUGGCAGUAUCUCGCCUGCUGGCAAAACUGAUGGAAGUGGCCGGCAGAGAGCGGCACAGCCGAGACAGUCAGAGACUGAUAAGGUCCAAAGAGGCCACAGACUGCUGCCAUGUGUGUAAAUUGCCAAUUGAGGACCAGUGCAUCAAGUACGGACAGUUCCGAUGGCACAUCAAAUGCUUUGGCUGCCGACAGUGUAAGCGUCCGCUCUCAGACCAGCUAGAAUCAACUUUUUUUAGCGCCGCAUCACAAUCGGUGUUGUGCUCCCAAUGCUCAGGUUCAAAGGAAGGUGGAUUUCUAUUUGAAUACGUCACAAAACUUGUACAAUAUGCGUUCCUUCUUCGAGUAGCACUCAGUCGACUAUGCAGUCUUUUGCAAAUCACAGGUAAAGGAAUAAAGAAAAACAAAAGUGCACCAAAAGAUGCACUCGGAAAAGAUGUAGUUACCCAUACUGUUGAAAAACAACAGGUUAUCAACCAAUAUGUCGAUGAAAAGAUGCUGCACUAUCCAACCCAUAUUGCCGACACAAACAUGAUGUCUGCAACAAAGCUCGAGAGAAAGAUGUCUCGGUCAUUCAAGACUGCCAAGCGUCUGGUCCGUCGACUGGACCAGCAAAAGAACCUGCCGCCUCUGCCACUUGGUCAAUGUUCACCCAAUUCACCACGCAGCGGAUCCCAGGGUAGUCUGGGGCUCUCGGGUUUACCGCAACUCGCAACCCAAAACAUGGCCAACUCGUUGCCAAGUAUAAAUGAACCCUCCGGACUCCCCACCUCGCCAACCUCAUUUUUACCUGGUAAUGGCAACGUUAAUGGUAAUGGCCCUCCGACACCGAUUUUGAAAGGAACCUAUCACACAACCCCUGAAGGAAAACCACGGAAAUAUCUUUCGGAGCUUUCCGCCUUACAGUACAUGAUCAUCCGUCACGUUGCCGUGGUUCACAUUGAGCCUUAUGUGCGCGAAUAUUUCACUCUGGGCGAGCUGCUGAACAUGAUCGAGCUCAAGAAGGCGUCUAUUUGGGGUAAAUUCUUUACGUCUAUUCGAGCAGGAGGAGCCAGAAAGCCAAACAAAGGAAAGGAAGAAGGCACAUUUGGCGUGUCUCUGGAUGUAUUGACCGAGAGAACCGGAGUGGAGUCCAAUCUUGGUGUUGGUCCCUCACCAAUUAAGAUUGCUGGGUUUAUUGAUGAUUCUAUUACGGCCAUGCGACAGAAAGAUAUGUCAGUAGAAGGCGUGUUCCGAAAGAACGGCAAUAUUCGAAGACUAAAGGAGUUGACAGAACAACUAGACAAACACCCCCACGAUGUUGACCUUACUUCAGAGAAUGCGAUCCAGAUUGCUGCUCUUUUGAAGAAGUUUUUGAGAGAAUUGCCCGACCCGCUAUUAACGUUCAAGCUUCAUGGUUUAUUUACUUGUGCUCAAAGAAUUGAAAACCCCGUCGCAAGAAAGCAUGUACUUCAUUUGGCUUGUUGUAUGCUUCCACGAUGCAAUCGAGACACAUUUGAAAUCCUUUGUCUGUUCUUGAAAUGGACAGCUUCCUUCUCCAAUUUAUCGAACGAUGCGGGUAGUCGAAUGGACAUUGGAAAUCUUGCACGUGUCAUUGCACCCAAUAUCUUGACAACCGAUUCAAAGGACCCUACAAAAGACGACUCGUUUUCCGCAAUCCGGGCUGUUGAGAUUCUUUUAGAAACCCACGAGGACUUUUGUUUGGUACCUGAAGAGCUUGAGCCAUUCUUGGAAGACCCAACUCUUGCUGAUGGUAAAGCAAUCGAAAUAUCUUCAAAAGAUUUUUUGAAAAAGGUAGAGAAUAUGAUGAGA